GUUUCAGUGUAACACUGAUGUUUAAAAAGAUAGGGGCUGCACUUGUUUUGUCGCCGGGAGAGGAAGCAACAGCUGCGAUUGUAGCCAAAGCAGCGGGACUGGUGUGGCGUCUGGUAGGCUACUGGUGUCACUGGAUGCAAACAAUGACAGGACAUUUUACGGAGCUAGGUCUGUCAUGGAUGAAUCAGAAGAUGGAGAAGAACAGCUCAAAUUCCAACAACCACAGUUGCAGCCAUUGAUGGAUGAAGGAAGUGAUAGCAGUGGUGCUGGUGAGGAUGCUGGCAGCUUCAGUGUGAGGAAUUUCACACCAGGAGGGGGAGCAGCCGUAACGGCGAGCAAGAUUUCAAACAACAACGAUCUAUCAUCGGAAGGCGAGGAUUCCGCGCCUCUCACUUCCACGGCCACCACAACAUCAGCGCUGCUUUGUGAGAAAGAUGUCUUUGGAUGUGACGCUUGCAUCCUCAGAAGCCGAGGGGACCUAACAAAUGGAGCCAGAGUUACCAGGUUGUGCAAUGGGUUUGGAGGUGGAAUUGGCACCGGCAUGAUAUGCAACCAAAACGGAGAUUGCAUUAGAGACACUGUCGGUCCUAGGAGCUUGGCCUCAAUUGUCUCUAAACAAGAGACGCAGACAGGUGGCGGAGUCGCGGCUGACGACGACAAAAAAAAAACAACUGUAUGUAAUUCCACCGCCAGUAUGGACGGCUCAAUAACUCCUACCGGAUCUUCUACACAGGUCCACGGGGCCGAGACGUCCAGUAUUGGGGGCACAACUGCUACCAGUGGUGUUUCUGAGAAAAAGGACUCCAGGGUUUCCUUCUCCAAUGCUCCGAGCAGGAAGGCCUCGUCCGUGCAGGGAAUUGGAUCGGGUCCGAACCAGCACCAGCCCAGAAACUCUGUCACCUUCUCCAAGUCCGAAGACGGACCUCACCUCGUGGGAGAAGAUGGGGAGCCACGAGACAAUCAAACUUACAUGCAGAGACAGUUCAGUUCCAUGCUGCAGCCUGGAGUUAACAAGUUUUCCUUGCGUAUGUUUGGAAGUCAAAAAGCAGUGGAAAAGGAGCAAGAAAGAGUCAAAUCAGCUGGCAACUGGAUUAUUCACCCGUACAGUGAUUUCAGGUUCUACUGGGACUUCACAAUGCUCAUGUUUAUGGUUGGCAAUCUAAUUAUCAUUCCUGUGGGAAUCACCUUCUUCAAGGAUGAGACCACCACUCCGUGGAUUAUCUUCAACGUGGUGUCUGACACCUUCUUCCUUGUAGACCUGGUGCUGAACUUUCGCACGGGCAUUGUCUUCGAGGACAACACAGAGAUCAUUCUCGACCCCAAAAAGAUCAAGAAGAAGUACCUAAAGUCCUGGUUCGUGGUGGACUUCGUCUCGUCCAUCCCCGUGGAUUACAUCUUCCUCAUCGUGGAGAAGGGCAUCGACUCCGAGGUUUACAAAACGGCCCGCGCCUUACGCAUCGUCCGGUUCACCAAGAUCCUGAGUCUGCUCAGACUGCUGCGCCUCUCCAGACUCAUCCGCUACAUCCAUCAGUGGGAGGAGAUCUUCCAUAUGACCUAUGACCUGGCCAGUGCGGUGAUGCGCAUCUUUAACUUGAUUGGCAUGAUGCUGUUGCUGUGCCACUGGGACGGAUGCCUGCAGUUCCUGGUGCCCAUGCUGCAGGACUUCCCCUCUGACUGCUGGGUCUCCCUCAACAAGAUGGUGAAUGACUCGUGGAGCGAGCUCUACUCCUUCGCUCUGUUUAAGGCCAUGAGUCACAUGUUGUGCAUUGGCUAUGGCCGCCAGGCCCCGGAGAGUAUGUCUGAUAUCUGGCUGACCAUGCUCAGCAUGAUCGUUGGCGCCACCUGCUACGCCAUGUUCAUCGGCCACGCCACCGCCCUCAUCCAGUCCCUGGAUUCCUCGCGCCGUCAGUACCAGGAAAAGUACAAGCAAGUAGAGCAGUACAUGUCCUUCCAUAAACUGCCGGCGGACUUUCGGCAGAAAAUCCAUGAUUACUAUGAGCACAGAUACCAGGGGAAGAUGUUUGAUGAAGAAAGCAUUUUAGAGGAGCUCAAUGAGCCACUGCGAGAGGAAAUUGUCAACUUUAACUGUCGCAAGCUAGUAGCUUCCAUGCCUCUGUUUGCCAAUGCUGACCCCAACUUUGUGACUGCUAUGCUGACAAAGCUGCGCUUCGAGGUCUUCCAGCCCGGAGACUACAUUGUCCGCGAGGGCACCAUUGGCAAGAAGAUGUACUUCAUUCAGCACGGGGUGGUGAGCAUCAUCACCAAAGGGACUAUGGGCAUGAAGCUCUCCGACGGCUCCUACUUUGGAGAGAUUUGUCUGCUGACCCGCGGGAGACGAACGGCGAGUGUCCGUGCCGACACCUACUGCCGCCUCUACUCGCUCUCGGUGGACAACUUCAACGAGGUGCUGGAGGAGUACCCCAUGAUGAGGCGGGCCUUCGAGACGGUGGCCAUCGACCGGCUCAACAGAAUAGGCAAAAAGAACUCGGUCUUAAUGCACAAAGUCCAGCACGACCUGAACUCUGGGGUCUUCAACAACCACGAGAACGAAAUGAUUCAGGAGAUCGUGAAGUACGACCGUGAGAUGGUCAAGCAGGUGGACCUGCAGCGUCCGCGGGCCAUGUCCAUGACGUCCUCCCUCCAGGGCGGGAGCAUGUUCGCCUCGCCCUCCUCCAGCGGCCAGCCCUCGACUGGCUCCGCCAUCGCCACGUUACAGCAGGCCGUGGCCAUGAGCUUCUGCCCCCAGAUGGCCAGCUCGCUGGUGGGGCCCGGCACGCUGCAGUCCCCCCGCAUGGUCAGGCGCUUCCAGGUCCUGCAGAACGUCUCCAGCCCCGUGUCGUCCCUUCCGCUUCAGGCCGGACAAGGGCAGCAGCAGCAGCAGCAGGCCACCAACCCGGCUCUUUCCGGUGGGGCGUUCGCCUCGCCCGCCCACAGUCCCCUGGCGUCGGCGGGCAGGACUUUCCAGUACAGCUCCAGCCCUGUGGGAGGCGGCGUGCUGUCGGGGUCACAGCUCUCGCUGGUCCAGCAGCAGCAACACGCGCCUAGUCCCACGCACCGACCCACUGUCCACCGGCGGAGCACGCACUCCUUACAGGACACCCGGGCGCUGUCUGCCUCACAGCUCUCCCUCCCCCACGACGGCAGCAUCGGCGGCGGCAUCGGCAUCAUGGGUCUGGGCAUGCAGCCGAUGGCGACUGCGGCAGCCCCCAGCCCCCCCCAGUCCACGCGGGUCUCCUCCACAUCCAUAGGCCCUCUGCCACUGGCACAGGCUGGACUGGCUGGACCCAUGGUGUUCAGGAGCACUGUGCCCCAGAGGAUGGCGCUGACCCAUCAGAUGUCGGUGGGGGCCUUCCCGCCGGCCGCCCUGCCCCCACUCAGGCCUGCCCCGUACGAGUCUGGACUGCCCAAGAAAGACUCCAUAGUCAGCCUCCCAGAGACGGAACAAAUAAGAUCAAGGCUAUCUUCCAAUUUGUGACCUUGAGGAGGGAGACUUUGUAGAACAAUGUGUUUUUUUUUUUAGGAUGGGGAGCUUUUCUGACCUCCUAAUAACUGACCUCCGCCCUUCCACGCCCCACCUCUUUCUCCUGUGACCCAUGGACUCCUCUUUGAGAAUGUAUAAGAAUGUGUGCGAGUGAAACUGGAGAAUUGCGCAGGAAAGUGGAGACAAGACCAAGCAGCAACAGUAUACCGAUUCACACUACUGGUUCACACAAAGUCUGUACAAUACAACGCUGGGAUGUUUCUGUUUCCACACACACACAGGCAAAAACGUAGACAUGGCGUGUCCUUCUGUUGCCCUCCUGUUCGCUUUCUUUGCUGUUUGCUGUAGUCUCCACUUCACUGUAUGUACAAGAUCUCAUAGGUGCAGUUCAACGAUGCAAACUUUGCAUGAGCUGGGACUAAUGAAAAAUCAGGGAGCUCUUUCUGUUGACAGUGACCUAAACAGUUUGUGUUUGGGGAUUUUCUUGUUUCUCUAUAAACUGUAAAUCAGAUUUAAUAUGUAACAGUAGCUGGUUUGGAAAUGUGUCAUGUAGAAUCUAGGUACAUGGUUCAACCAAAUAUGAUCAAUAAUAAUCAAACCACAAAAAGGUGUCUUUUCAACUAGUCUCACCCCAUUACAUUUUCUUCAGACCAAAGGAAGGUGGCGUGUAGUGAGUCUUAAAUCAGAACAAUGAUGGAGCCAACGUAAAUGCUUUAAAAUAGCCUAUAAGACGACUUUAGAAGCCAUAUGUGUGUGCCAUGCAUGUGCACCUUUCUUCAAACAUUUCUUAUUUUUUCUCCUGACACUUUGUGUCAAUCUCACACAUCAAAAAAGUUUCAAAUAUAUUUCAGAUAUUUAAAAGAUAUUUACAUCAAAUGCUCUCUACAAAUAACAUUGACUUAAAACACAGCUGAAUUCUAAUACCAGAUGGCAGAUUGAGACCCUUCCCAUACAGUGUUCACUCCAUGUUGGAUCUGAAUGAGUUAAGAUGCGGAUGACUUCCAGUGUGGUGUUAAAAAUGGCUAUGUGAUGUUCUGAAUGCUACUCUAAGCAGCUCCUCCAAAGUUGCCAGUCUAGCAACGCUCUCUGCACAAGCUGAAACAUCCGAACUCCCCAUUUCUCUUUUGACCAAAACAAAAAAAGCAUCCCUCCACAAAUCCUUAGGGUGUGUGUUGAUAUAGGCUUACCACUAUAAUUACUUUUCCAUUUUUUUAUUAUUUGUAUUAUUAUUAUUGCAAAUGUGCUAUUUGCAAAUGGUGCACUGCCAAUGAUUACCUGUCGUCAGUGGACUGGGACUGUGGCGGAGAGCUUUAGGAUCCAUCAGAGAUGGUGUGGCUUAUUAUAAUCCAGCGCUGUCCCUACCGAACCCCACCUCAGUCCUGCCUCUCUUCAUUACCCCUCAUGAACUCCCCUGAUUGACUCCGCAUAAACAGCCUCCUGAUUCGCUUUCAGCGCCUCCGCCCCGUCGCCCUUCGUUAUGCCGUCACUUCUCCAAACUCGUAUGUCUGUCCUACAAACUUAUUUUCAGUGAGUAUGUCUGUAAGAUUGCUUUUGGAAUUGAUGCAAAAGACUGAGUCUGUGGAAAAGGAGGUUAUAAUGGCAAUAAAAUAAUAAGAUUGUUAGGUUCUUAAUAUUUGAAAGGGACCCCAGGUGGGCUUGUACUGUAUGUCUCAUGUGCAUCAAAUAAAUUGCUUUAAGGCUGUUCUGAAGAUAGCUAUUUCGACAACAGUCAAUACAAAGUGUCAACACACCCCAUGCUUUACUUAAGAAAGAGAGAGAUAUGCAUACACUUUUAAUGAUAAAAGUGGCCAUGAAUUACAAGUACAAAAUAUUUUACCAUUUUCAAUGGUGACCAGGAAUCAGAUAUGUGUGCACAGUAAAGGUUUAUUUAUCUCCUUGGCUGUGUGAGAAAACAAUGUAGUCUUCCCCUUAAAGGGGCCGCCGUUAAGAGACAAUCUGCUUUUCCUUCUUGUCUUUCAUCUCCUUCUUUCCUUUCCCUUCCUUUUGCCAACUUCUAUGAAAUGUGUGGCCCUUCCUGCAGCAAUAACGUGGCCCUUCUUAACCCCGGUGAUUUCCGGUGCUAUGCAUUUGUUCCUGGCUCAAAAAUACCUGUGCAGUCUCUGUAUGGGCUGCACCUCAUUCGGUACAAUGGAUUUACAGCAGGCUGCUGACGCCUGCCCAACAUUGAAUUUCUUUACCAUGCCCUGCCAUGCCAACACAUUAGAAUGACUAUGAAUGGAUUUAUAUUCAAAGCCAGGUCGGUUUGUGUCUCAUAAUAUGCAGGAGGUCACUGAAUAAUUUAUGUUAAUAGAGCUUUGCAUUGUCUGAUCAGAUUCAGCGUACGUUUCUAAUGUAUGGAUUACAUGAAGCGUAAUAUGCAAAACAUGACAAUUAUGGGAAAAUGCGCAAAGAAAAUAAACAUCUAUUAUUUACAUGUUUCUUAUGUAAUGAAGUAAGCAUAUUUAUAUUGUGCAGACUUGAAAGUGCAUUAAUGAUUUGAAACUAACAAAACAAGUUUAAA